AUAAUUUUUGCAAAAUUGAUGGCUACGCUUUAGUAUGUAUACACGAUUUGAUCUAUUAAAUUAGUUACCAUUUUUAAUGACCUUGGAUCAUUAAUAGAAAUUUGUAUAACCAGUUCACCGCAGAAGUCGGAUAGUAAUCCAAAAUGCCUGUAAAAUCACUGGUUGAAGGUUUAGAUAUACCAGAAGUGUCUUUUAGCGAUUUCUUUCUGUCGCGUAUAAAAGAAUAUGGGGACGAAAUUGCUCUGAUUGAAAACACCAUCGAAGGUAAACAACUUACCUUCAGACAGCUGUACAAUCAAAUACAAUCGUGUUGCAGAUUCAUUCAAAACCAAGGGAUAAAUAAGGGAGAUGUCGUUGGUCUAAUAGUUCCUAAUUGCUUGGAAUAUGUAAUAGCAAUGAUGGGAGUGAUAUCUUGUGGAGCAGUUAUAUCACCAUGUAAUCCUUCAUAUAAAGAAGGAGAAAUGAAGCAUAUCUUCAAUAUCACGGAACCAAAGAUGCUCAUCGCGUCUGAUGAAACUAUUGAUGUCGUGAAGAGAGUUGUCGAACAAUUCAGAACCAUUCCAAAAAUCAUCAUUAUUGGAAAAAGUAAUGAAUUUGAAACAUGGGAUGAAGGCAUUGCAGCAAAUGAAAAACAACAGGAAGAAUUGGUCUGUAAUUUUGAAAUAUCAGCAAAAGAGGAUUUGGCCAUCUUACCAUAUUCUAGUGGAACUACUGGAAUGCCGAAAUGUGUAAUGCAUACACAUUAUAGUAUGAUUGCAUCAAUAUUAUGUAACUGGUAUCAUUUCGGCUACAAGCGAGGAGAAACGUUAUACAGUGAAAGACCAAUGUUUCACGUCAGCGGUUUUGUAUUUGUCCUGAUGGCUUUACAGGGAGGGUUAACAGUUAUUAUGGAUCGUUGAUUUGAUAUUGAAAAGAUGCUAGCUGCAAUUCAAAAAUACCAGGUAUGAUAAAAUUCAGUUCCAAAAACAUCGCCAUUUUUAUUGAUCUACGUUAAUGUUAUUUUUCACCAGCAAACACUGUUGUAACAUAAAGUAGGUUACAAACAUUAUAGCAGGGUUGUUUAUGUUUUCCAUUUAAUAGAUAUCAGUAUAACAACAGCAAAACUUAAUAUCCGAAAAAGCACGAGUUUUGAAAUUCGCUAACGACAGCAAAUGGAUUCCAAUUUUCUACAAAGUAGCUACUCAAGUUAUUCACUCUAGUUGCCCUCACGUUUGAUUUGCAUUUAUAUCUUUCACGA